AUGACUAAUGCCCAAGAAGAUUUAAAUCAAAAAUACCCUCCUAAUAAAGCCCAAGUAGAAACAAUUUAUUUAGAAGACUUAAACUUUAACCAACUCAGUGAACUAAUUAUUGAUAAUUAUCCUAAUUUAGAGAAAAUAACAAACAAUUAUCAAGAAAUUUCCAACCUCACUCAACUCACCAUCACCAAUUGUCCCCAAUUAGAAAGAAUAAGCAUUUAUUCCCUUAAAAACAACCAACAACUAACUCUCAAUAAUUUACCUAAAUUAAAUAAACUUGAUUGUCAAAAAAAUAAUCUAACCACCUUAGAUUUAAGAGAAAAAUUAGAAUAUUUAGAUUUAAGCCACAAUAAUCUCCACCAAGAUUUAAGUUUUUUAAGUAGUUUGGUGAAUUUAAAGAAUUUGUACUUAAAUAACAAUCCCUUAUAUGGUAGCUUAGAGUAUUUAAAGGAUAUAAGUGAAUUAAGAAUACUUGAUAUUAGUAAUACUGAUUUAGAUAGUGGUUUAGAAUAUUUACCAGAUAGUAUUGAAGAAUUUAGUUGUUCAGCAACCACCUAUAGAGAAGACGCUAAGUCCCAAAAUAUUUACAACCUGUUUGCCAAGGAGAAGAUAACAGAAGAAGCUGAACAGUCUCAGCAAAUGGUUAGCCAAUUAAAAGAAGAACUUCAACUGGAACAAGAAGCAGCUCAAUCUUAUGAUGAAACUCAAUUAGAAGGAUUGAUUAUUAACUUGAAUGAUUUACCUAACCUUGAUAAAAUUUUUGCUACUUACCGGAAAAAAUUUGGUAUACCACAGAUUGUUAUUUUAACUGAUGGAUCACGUGUCUUAGGUCUAGGAGAUUUAGGAGUUAAUGGUUUUCCUAUUUGCUGGGGCAAAGCCCAAUUACUCAGUGUUUUUGCUAAAAUCGAACCAAGUAAAAUUUUACCAGUUAUCUUUGAUUGUGGAACAGACAACCCAAAAUAUUUGGAAGACCCUUUCUAUCUCGGUUUGAAAAAAAAAAGACCAAGCGAAAAAAAUUUUUAUCAAUAUAUAGAUGUCCUUCUAAAAACAUUAACUAAAAACUUCCCUCAAACAUUAAUUCAUUUUGAAGAUUUUCAGACUAAAUAUGCCCUGGGAAUGCUGGAACGUUAUCAAAAUAAAUAUCUUUGUUUUAAUGAUGAUAUUCAAGGAACUGGUGCCGUAGUUUUGGCAGGCUUAAUUAAUGCCAUAAAAAAGACUGGAUUGUUGCCAAACCAACAACGAGUAUUAUUAGUGGGAGCGGGAA